CGAGGAAGUGCAGUGAAACCUGAUUUGCCUUUUUACUUGAAUUGUGUGAGUAUUCGUGUCUAAAGUCGAACCGGAGAGGACAGAAAUAACACAUUUACCUUUUAAAUCAAGGAGGGCGGUGCUGUAAAAGACACCUCUGCGUGUUGUUUGUGCAACAUUAUCCAGAGGUGAAACAUGAAUUUGGCCAAUUUUUCCAGUAUGGAAGAAAUCCCUUUGGAAGAUGUGGACAGAACCAGUAUGGAAUACAGAGUACUUAUGGCCUAUGUCCAGUGCCGACUGUCUGCUACUAAAUAUAGGCAACUCCUAGAAGGGGAAGUAAAAGGCCAGGAGGGAUCAGCUGUAGGCAGAGAGGAUGUGGAAGUGGCCAGCCCAGAAGGGUUGUCUUCUGAGGGUCAUGAACAGCCUUCCAGAAGAGGGACCAGGAAGAAGAAGAAAAACAAGAAGAGGUCCAACUGGAAACACUUUCUGCUUCCUUCUUGUCUAAGGCCCCAAGCUGAAGGGAAACCCCAGAAGAUAAUUGCAUCCAAUGAAGAUGCUGUAAAUGGCCAUGUACUAAUGCCUCAGGGAGGGGUUGGAAGUGUGCCUGCAUCUUUGCCAAAUGUGCAAGAUGAUUCAGACAUCACUGUUGUGGCAGACAGACUUGCUGAAAUAGUUGAUAAUUCUAAGUUCUACCUUGAAAGAACAGGCAAGAGAUUAUUGGAAUGUACUGUAAGUCUUGAAGAAGAUGGUGGAGGUGCCAGCAAAAUUGUAUAUGAAGGAAGUGAUGGAAAAGAUGAGGAAGCAAAAAUAAUUGACACAAUAGUUGCCUUGCUAAGAAAAUCAGGAGAUGAACUACAGGAUAAGAUGCAAAAAGAUAAGACUUUCUCUCAGUGUAUCUCGGACUUGUUGUCCUAUGCAUUCUUCAGGAAAGUUGCUGAUCAGUUCCUAGAGGAAGUAACUGUAAAUUUGGCUGCAAAUCAUGAAGUCCAAGAUCAGAGUACUAAAGUUGCCUUUGCUAUGGAACUUACAGCCAGACUCACCAAUAUGGACAGACAUCCCAUGAACAUUGUGUUGGGUUUUGGAACAAAAUACCUGAAAGAAAAAUUCAGUCCUUGGAUCUCUAGCCAAGGUGGUUGGGAAAAAGCUUUAGCAUUACCAGAUGAAGAUGUGGAAUAAUGAACUAAUGUGCUCUUCAGGAGAUGUUUCUUAGAGUCAUUUAUUUGGGAUAAGGAAUUAUAGAGAUCAUCCUUUCCAACACUUUAAAGGAUAUGGAGAACAAUUUUAUAUAUGUUUAGACAGAAAAAUGGCCUACAACUUCCAGCAUCCCUUCAGCCAGCCAUGCUGGCUGUAGCAUGCUGAGAACUGAGGGUUUUUUUCUGUUUAACAUACAUAGAAUUGCACCCUCACGCUCUCAUAUUGACAUGGACAUUGGAGUGCAAGUUCAAAGAAGACCCUGUGCUUUUCUGAUGACAAAGUGUAUUUUACUGGUCCUAGCAGACACUGACAGUCAGUACUUAGCAUGAUGGGGCAAAUGUCAAAGCCCAUGCCUAUGAGGUCCCAAUGGCACUGGUGCUGCCAUUCUCUCUCCCCUUUGUAGUUCUUUCUUUAACAGAGAAGAACCAGAUGAAGCAUCAGCACCAUCUUCCUUAUCCCAGUGCCCCUUAGUCCCCUUAUUUGCUUCUUAGCCUCUGCCCGCAAGCGGCCGCUGCUACUGCUACUUGGCCGGGUGAACUCAUUUAGAGGAAGCAUGCUCAGCUAGGCGCUAAGAAGAGCAGCAGCAUCUUGCAGCCAUUUUCAUUUUGCAAGGGAGCUGUUCAGCUUGGAACUAAGUGCACACCAAUGAUACCUGGUUCAUGAUCUGCCAGUUCUGUGUUAACUUUUAGCUUUUUGGCUUAACACAUUUUGAUGAUGCUGGCUCAGUCAGAUAAAUAUCUUGAUGCAUUUGUAAAGGUGUUAAGUGGAAAAUAACAACAAAAUGGACCAAAAAGGAAGUCAGAGGAAAGAGGUCUAGACUUGAGGUCUUUCAAUGAGGUUUUUUAAUAGCACACAGAAAACAAAAUGUUAUCAGAAAUAAUUUGGUGCUGGAGCACUUGAAGAGCUGAAACACAAUGGGAGAAAAUGAUAUGGUAUGCCACUUCAGACCAGGUAGAGGGAGAUAGAUUUGAAUAGUUUCCCAUCUAAAAAUGGCCUGCACAUACAAAAACUACCAAAGCAAGGAUAGGUGGGAGUCUAGCUUAAUCUGAUUUCCUAAUUUUCUGUAUGUAAGGCAGAUACGGGUGAACUUUCAGUUAUGAAACUACCCAUCUGAACUGGUAUAAUUAAAAGGGUUGUACUCUGUAAUUGUUCCAAUCAUUUGUGUAAUAGUAUAACUGCAGUUGUUGAGAUUCUCACUGCUGUACAGCUAAGAAAAAUUGCAGCCCUGGGAAUGGAGCAUUUAAGAAAAUGGCAUAUUCCUCUUUCCAUGCUUAGUGCUCCUAAGUGUGCCUCUGCAUGUAUUAAUUAUAUCAUGCCUAAAACAAUUGUAAAAAACCUUGAAAAGCUAGGCAGUUAUCUAGCUUCAUUGUCUUUCCUUUGCUGUACCAUACUUUUUUUCCCCUACCGAAAAGGUGUAAAUCUGUGUUCUGAACCAGCUACUGGAUCAGGGCCUUAGUUCUCCACCUUGUUUUAUCUCAUCUUCAGUGUGGCCUCCAGGCUGGUCUGGGAUUACUGAAAUGCUACAGAAUAUUAACAAAGAAUAGUAAUAGUUGCAUUAUGUACAGUUGAUCCACCCAAGCGAAACCUGAGUGGGAGAAUUUAUGAUGUUUUCUUGAUCUGCCCCUUCUGCGUGGUUUAAUUCUGCCACUUCACUGAAUGGAUGAGGAUGCUAAAAGGGAGUGCCUGGUAGUAAUUAGCAUUUGGGCUGUAAACCUCAGCCAUGCAAAAAUGCCUGUUUCUGAUUCUCUCUCUGUGUCUCCAUGUUGUUGGGUUAGAAUAAGAAGGAUUUUCUUUAGCAAGAGCCAUUAUGCAAAGGCCAAUGGCUUAUAUUUAAAAUCUGCUUUUGAUUUGAGCUAUCACCCAUAUUGGCUUGCUUUUUAAUUUGCUAUCAACAUUUUUCUGGAAAGAGAAAUGCACACUUGACUGUCAUUCAAGAAAUAUUGACCCCAAAAUUAAACUAAAUGGACAAGCUCCUGCUAUCCGUCUAAGCAUAGAUCAUCAGUACAGAGGAAUGUGAGCAAUAAAAAAUAAACAGCCAACUUAAAUAUUUUGUGUGUAUUCUUGUUCACCAGUUGCAUCAGACUUAGGAAUCUACUUUGUUCUCUCCUUUGUAGCAUUUUUUAAUCCUAGAAUCUGAUUGAAAAUAGCCUUUUACUCCAAAAGAUAUUUUUCACUUAUUUCAAACAUGUAUCACUCUCUUUAUAUUGUAAUUAUAUUUUAAGAUUUUUCAAACAAUUAAGCAAAUGUAGGCAAUUAAAAUGAUCUCUGUUGAGAUAAUUGUGGUAACAUUGAAAUGCUUGUACAGCUUCAGUAUCAUAUUCUGCAAUUCUGAUGAAAGAAACCAAGCAAAGAAGCAAUGUUGCACC